AUGGCGACAUUACAGACUACAACGACCGUCAAGGCUAAGAGCAGAUCCAGGAAGAAACAAGGCGACUUGAACGCCUCAACUCACCCCGACUCAAACCCGGAUACGACCGUAGAGCCCGAGAUCGUGGCCUAUUCGCAACAGAGCCGCUUCCACCGCGAAACGUUCGAUGCCAGCAAUAUCGAUAUUGACAUCAAAGGAGUUAACAUCAGCGUUAACGACAAAGAACUGCUAGUAGAUGCACAUCUGAGGUUGAAACCAGGUGUACGCUAUGGGAUGGUCGGACAGAACGGGGUUGGGAAAUCAGUUUUGAUGUCUGUCCUUGGGAACAACCUCCCUGUCGGAUUGCCUCAGAACGUCCGAAUACUCCAUAUCGCUCAACUUGAAGAUAUCACGGCUGGACACACCGCUCAUCAGGCGCUCUUAGCUGCCGAAAACGAAUUAGCUACCGUUCAAGCCCAAGUUCCACAAGUAUACGUUACCAGCCAAAUGGUUCACGACAUCAUGACAGAAGUGUUCGGAGCGUAUGAGGCUCUGGAUGUAGAGGCCGAUGAGGCGCGUGCAAAGGCGAUUCUCCGAGGGGUCGGUUUCAGCGAUGAUGAUUUGAACAAGGAAGGCAAGCAAAUUAGCGGGCUGAGCGGUGGUUGGAGGAUGCGGGUUAUGUUGAGUAAAGCCUUGUUCGUCAAGCCCGAUAUUCUGCUAUUGGACGAACCAACCAACCACUUGGACCUGCCUGCAAUUGUUUGGUUAGAAUUAUAUCUGACUAACGAAACGGAGGGUCAGACGGUCGUUGUCGUAUCCCACGACCGCAAUUUCCUCGAUUCCGUCACAGAUGAAACCAUCAUAUUUCGGGAUAAGAAGUUGGCCUAUCAUCCUGGAAACUACGAAGACUGGGAGAAGAACACCGAGGAGCAAAAGAAGCGCAAAGCGCGCCUCAAGGAGAGCAUCCAGAAGAGCCUUCAGAUCGCCAAAUCAACUGGGGACGAUAAACGCCAUGGGCUUGUCACUUCUAGGAAAAAAGUUCUCGAACGGAUGGGAAUGGACCAGGCUAUCGUCGUUGAUCAAGGAAUCAAAACUGCUCCCAUACGGUUACCUCCCCCUGAACCGUUCAAUUUCCCGGGCAGCUCGUUCCUCCAGCUCUCCGAAGUAUCGUUUCGAUACAAUCCCAAACCCUCCGCUCCGAUGGUCAUCAAUAACGUCUCUCUGGACGUUGGCCCACAUGCUCGGAUUGGGUUGCUAGGGCCUAACGGAUGUGGAAAAUCGACCCUCAUGAACCUUCUCGCCGGAGAGCUCAAGCCUACCCUCGGAGAGGUGAAGAAACACCACCGCCUCCGAAUCGGAUACUUUUCACAGCACACAGUUGAUCAACUUGACCUUUCCGUUUCCGCGUUGCAGCAUCUCAAAAAAACUUAUCCGGAUGUUGUGAUCUCUGAAGGCGAAGCGCGAUCUCAUUUUGGGUCGUGUGGUAUCAGCGGAGACCCCGUCACGCGCCCAAUUCGAACGCUCAGCGGAGGACAACGAAAUCGCGUCGCACUUGCCCUGGUCACUUUCCAUCGGCCUCACGUUCUUCUUCUUGACGAAAUAACGAAUCAUCUGGAUAUGGGCACCGUUGAAUCGCUCGUGGAAUCGCUUUGUGAAUUUGAAGGAGCGUUGGUGGUGGUCAGUCACGAUGUUUGGUUUUUGAAGCAGGUCAUUGAGGGUGGUGGUGAUGAUGAUGAUGACGGUGACGGCGAGAGUGAUGGAGAGAGAGAGAAAGGCAUGCUAUACACGGUUACGAAGAAGGGAGAGCUGAAGAUGUGGGAGAAAGGAUUGGAUGCAUAUGUGGAAAAGAUACAGAGGUUGUCGACAAAAGGGUUACAAGCCCGAAUGGUAAAGUAA